GGCGAAUUUUCAGAAAUUGAAAUUAAUGAGUGCAUAGUAUAUAAUAUCUUCAGUAUUUAACUAUAGGAAUUGAAGUUGGUGUAGCUUCACCUAUUUUUCAUUAAUGGUGGAUCUGCGCGUUAAUGCUGAUUUUGUGAUUUGAAUUUCAAAUUUUCGAAGCGGUUAUCGUGUGUUAUGUAUAUGUAUUGAAGGAAAAAAUAUAUGUUAGAGUUCAGGCGAGUAAUUUGAGCCAUGGAAGCAGAGACGGUAAUGAGUAAAGAGGCGGCGGCAGUGGUAAUUGCCGGAACUGAAGCUAAAUCGGCAACGGCGAAGGCAAAAAUGAACGAAGUGGAAUCGGUGAAAUGCGAGUGUUGUGGAUUGACGGAGGAUUGCACGGCGGCGUAUAUAGGGAGGGUUAAGGAGAGGAACGAAGGGCGAUGGAUUUGUGGACUGUGUGCGGAGGCAGUGAAGGAUGAAAUUAUGAGGUCAUCGGAGAGGCGAAUUGGGAGAGAAGAGGCUCUGAAUCGUCAUAUGAAUUUCUGUAGCAAGUUCAGAGGUCUAACGCCGUCACCAAAUCCGAAGGACGAGUUGAUAUCGGCGGUGAAGCAGUUGAUGUUCAGAAGCUUGGAUUCGCCGAGAUCAAGUCCGGUGAGAAGGCGCCAAGGUCUAAUUCGAUCUCAGAGUUGUUUUUCAAUUGAUAGUUGAAUAGGAGCAAUCGUGAUAACGCGUAUUUCAAUAAACGUAUAUUUAAAUUGUUGCAGUUAAAAAGCUCGUGUUCAAACGUUAGAAAUUUAAACCACUGGUAUGACUUCAGAGAACAAUGAAAAUGAAUGAAUUUUGCAUUGAAUUAGAUGGUGAUAUUGAAAGAUAUUAUUAAGGCAAA